CAGCACAGAUCACACUCACUCUACACAGAGACCUCUACAGCACAGACACACAGCCAUGGCACCUACAGUACCUGCAGCACUGGCCUACUCUAAGGAGCACCUGAUUCUGACCAACAAGCCGAGAAAGCCGAUGGUGGAGAAGAUGCGCAGAGAUCGUAUCAACAGCAGCAUUGAGCAGCUCAGGUCUCUCCUUGGACCAGCAUUCCUGCAGCAGCAGCCAGACUCCAAGCUGGAGAAAGCAGACAUCCUGGAGAUGGCAGUUUUCUUCCUCGCACGGCAGCAGAAGCAGCCAGUGAGCAGCUCCUCCUCACCUGUCAGUCAGGGGUACUCCAGGUGUGUCCAAGAGAUCAAGCAUUUCCUGUGCAGGGAGGAAGUGAUGCCGCAAUCCCAGAGAAGACUCCUGAACCAUUUCCAGAACCUGCCAUCUUCCUCUGAUAUGACCAAGAGUCAGAGUGUGUUGCCUCAGCUGAACUCUCCAGCCAGACAGACCACCAGCAAAGAGGAGACUCCAGUCAAAGGCGCCCUCUGGAGGCCCUGGUAGAGUCCUGCAGAUGCUCACUGGACACUCAGACUAACAGAAUUGAAGAGGCCUGUCUAAUAUGGGCCUGGACAGUAAUUCUCAGUGUGUAGGAAGUGUUUAUCUUCCUCUCCUGCCUGUGCAGGAGGUUAAAAACAUACUCUCAAUGAGAAAGUGUAAGAUUUACUUGUAAUGUUUGUAACUGAUACAAAAGUAUGAAUGUUUUCUUCUCUCCUAAGAAGGCUGAAGAGAUUUAUUUUCUGUGAAGUGUAUUAUAUUUAGCAAAAUAAGGAGUUUUGCUGUGACGAUAUCAGAAAUUUUAAGUUCAACAUCAUGUGUUUAAAUAUCAUGUGCUUUUCUAUUUAAGAAAUCCUUCAGUGAAGUACGAAUUAAUGUUUCAUGAUAUACUGCCAUUCUUGGGAAUGUUACAUCCAUUUAUUAAGAGGAAACGGAUAUUAUGUGUUUUUUGCUAUUGUGACGUGAAUUAUAAUAUAAUGUCACAGUUUAGUGUAUGUUACACUGAAGUAUAACUAUUCUCCCUAUUGGUUGAUAAAUGACAGACUUUAAUCUGCCUUAUUGCACAGGUUGUUUAUAAAGACCUUUAAUGAGUGUGCACAAAACAUUCUGCUAGGAGUAUCUUUUUUGAUGUGUAUUAUAUUUCACAAAAUAAGGAGUUUUGUUAUGACAGUAUCAGCAAUUUUAAGUUCAACACCAUGUGUUUAAAAAUCAUGUGCUUUUUUAUUCAUGAAAUACUUCAGUAAAGUUAGAAUUAAUGUUUCAUGAUAUACUGCCAUUGUGGGAAAUGUUAAGUCCAUUUAUAAAGAUGAAACUGAUAUGAUAUCAGUUUAUUUGCUAUUGUGGUGUGAAUUAUAAUAUAAUGUCACAGUUUAGUGUAUGUUACACUGAAGUAUAAUUGUUCUUUAAUCUGCCUUAUUCUGCAGGUUGUUCAUAAAGACCUGUAAUCAGAGUGUACAAAACACUCUGUUAGGAGUAUCUUCCUGUGUUCAAGCUGGAGUGUGAUAAUAUAUCACAGGUUAUAUUUUAUUAAAAAUAUUUAAUGUUACCUUCAAUGAAGGCAUUUUUACAUUUGUAUUUGUUAAAUUAUUAUCCAUUUGUCUGAACAUUUUGAAUGCAGAAAUGUAU